AUGACCAGAGUUAAACGAGGAUAUACAGCUCGGAGACGUCGAACAAAAAUUCGUUUAUUUGCAUCAACCUUUAGAGGGGCUCAUUCAAGACUUACUCGAACGAUUACUCAACAGAAAAUGAGAGCUUUGGUUUCCUCUCAUCGAGAUAGAGGCAGACAAAAGAGGGAUUUUCGUCGUUUGUGGAUCACUCGGAUAAAUGCAGUAACUCGUGAGAAUAAGGUAUUCCAUAGUUAUAGUAUAUUAAUACACAAUCUGUACAAGAAGCAAUUGCUUCUUAAUCGUAAAAUACUUGCGCAAAUAGCUAUAUCAAAUAAGAAUUGUCUUUACAUGAUUUCCAAUAAGAUUAUCAAAUAA